UUCAAGGCCACACGUGGCGAUGCUACUGAAGAACUGAUUGAUCAUAGUUGCCGUUUAGCGAGUUUGAUUACCGUUGCCGUUAAUUUACGGUUCAUGGCCUUCUUAACGCGUUCUUAAUGACACCGCGUGAUGGUGUACAUUUGAAAAACGUCGCGUGCGCCGAACCAUUCAUCGCGUUUCGAGCGUGGCAAAUGAAAUCUCGGUAUCGUUAAGUGGUUACGUAUCCGAAAGUAUUCCAAGAGUAUGUACCCCUGCUGAAAUAGAAGAAGCUCUUCAUUUUUGAUACCCCGAAAAAAAAUGAUCUAAGAAUUCACGUGAUCUAAUCAGAGGCUGCCCUUUGCAAACGUAAAAAUAGAGCGAAGGACGUUUAAUCCCUGGCCACACCGAGAUGGAAAUAAACCAGAUCAUUCUUUCAACAUGUUUUAUCUGAAUGUUCAAUCAUAAUUCUUUCGAAACUCUUACCGUUUUCAUUGGCGUUCUGUUUUUAGACCGUUGCUAAAUUCGAAAUGGUGUACAAGAAAGUUUGAAAAGACACGUAUUGUUGAUAUUAGCGCAAUCUUAGUACGUUUUGUAUCGCGAGAAAUUCAGAAUUUAUGACAAAUAUUUGAAAAAACACGUGGAAGAAUUCAAUUGCUAUGCUUACCCACGUGGCGAAUUACAUUCAAGUUUCUUGUAAGUGAAUUUCCACUUACAAGAAAAAGACCAUCGUGUUACAUUCUCGAAAUGGAAAGGUCCGAAAGACCUGUGUCAAAGGAAAGAAUAUCAAAAAGGUAGGAGGAAAGAAAGUUCAAGCCGGUUCGACCGCACUUUGUUAUUCAAAUCCCUAAUCCAGUAAAAAGUACGAGGGACAAUGCGCACGAAAGUGAAAGCCCAAGUGUCGAAAUCGUUUUUCGUUCGACAAAGUUACAAGAGAUAGUAGUCGAUCGUAUCGAACAAUCGGCGAACGUGGAAGCGAACGAUCCGUGGCAACAAGUGUUCGCGGAAAAAAAGGGUGCGAAUUCGUUCGGUCUUCGCGCCAAUUCUAAUUCACACUUUUUUCCAAAUCAUCCAACUCCACGCGUGGGUGAGAAAAACGAAACAGAAUCGCGAUCGCGUUAAUGGCACGAACGUUAGUCAGCGACCACUUCCUCCUUUCUCAAUUGGACAUUGCCGCUUGGGAAAUGGCUCCACCUUUCCGAACAAACGUCCUUGAAGGAGCUGGUGCACCUAGAAAGGUGAUGAAAACCGGCCAGUCACGUGUACCAUGCCGGUAAGAACGGCUGUGCUCGCCAUUUUAACUCCGUCGCGACACGAUCAACCGGUUUUCUAAUGAAUAUCUACGAGUGUCUGUUAAAUUGGGACAACCGUUCGACGCGUGAUCUCGAGGAAAAAGCUGUGCAAUCGUGCCUCGAGGGUGAAACGCGUCGACGCGAGAUGCAUUCUACGCGAGCGGAAAUGAGUUUCGCGGAAGACGAACAGCUGACGCUUGAAGGAUGAACAGCUGAUGCGUUUUAAAUCGGCUCGGCUUAAUUCGCAACGUGCUACCAACUGAUGGACACGUUCAAAGUCAUCUCUUCCGACGUGGUGAAAGCAAAACACGUGGAAAUUUGCUCGAUAAUAAGGGAAUUCGAAACCACGGAACUCGGAUUCGAUUAAACGAUCCUUGGAACUUUGGAUUCGAUUAAAUGUUAUCGACAGCGUUGUUGACGUUCGAUGGAACUAUCGUUCGAACUGGUAACCGUUAAACGAUGCGAAAUAUACUCUCGAUAUCCACGGAACGGAAUUUGUUGAUCUUGAUAACGAGUCUUUCGGUGAUUGAAAAGCGACUCGUGCAAGGAAAUCGCGAGUACUCGCGCUGAAACUCUUUUGCUGUACGCUCGACGAUUCGCGGAAGGAGCAUAUUAUUGCGGUUCAAUUAUAGCAAUUGAAUGACCAACGGGAAAACUGCCUGGUGAACGAUUAUCGUUUAGAAUCACGAGCAUCACGGAAACUAGGGAGAAAGACGAUGCAGAAAAGAAUUCGAGUUCAGAAUCUCCUGCUAAUUGCAGCAGCGUUAGCGACAUGCGUGUCAAUCGUCGCAUCGUCGUCACCCUCGUCGAACAGGGAAAGGAGGCACGUCGGUGUCGAGGAAUCUAGUCAUCGGCCAAACAAAACGCAUCAUACGCCGACGGGUCGGAGUUUCAAAUCGUCGACAAACAGGUACAACGAGAUAACUACGGAACCCGGAAGGAAAGUGACGCACAGACUGAUCGGAGGACACCUGAGAGCGGACGCGAAGCAUGAGAAUGAUGAGACGUUCUGGGACGACGGAAUUCUUCUGUCGUCGGCCGGAAACGGCAAGGAGGGAAAGCCUAAUCGAAAGGACGAUGACGACGAGAAAAAAACGCUGUCGCAGCAAGUGAAAGAGGGGAAGUACGGUUUGAUACAGGAUGAAAUUUAUGAAAAGCAACCGAAACGACCCGGUAUCAUCAGUUAUCUGGGCAAUCCAGAAGUACCAAAGGAUACGAUUAAAAAUCUUGGUGGUCUCGACGAAGAUGAUAUCUGGUUGGCAGAGAACCACGUGCUCGUGUUGAGAGGAGGGAAAUUUCCCGGCCACGAGAGCACGCAAAAGGACGGACAGACUUGGCCACCGAUCGACAAUUACAAAGCUCCGAGAAGACAGGUCAAGAUACCAUCGAGGCCGAAGAUACCGCCGCCCUUUCCGGUACAGCUCACGGAGGGUGGUCCCGUACAGAUCAUCGGGACGAACGGUACCAAGGAUAUCGUUAACGGAUCGGUCGACUACAAGAAAGACCCGUUGCUUACGAAAGGAUUGUUACCAGAAGAUGGUCCGCUCUUCGCCGUUAUAUCCAACGGAACGAUCCUGACGUCCGACCAGAAGAACGCGACUUCGAACGAAGAAAAGCCAGAAUCUCUGCCACCAGGAAAUUUUCCACCGUUCUAUCACGCGAUACCACCAGGCGCGGUGUUUGUACCACCGCCUGUUAAUCUGUCGGAUUACGACGAAGAGGAUCAGUCGAUUUAUUAUCCACCGCCGUACAGCUUUCAGUACCAACAAGACAACACCACCGCGGUGCCACCUGGUCCUCUGGUCCCAGGUAUCAUCCUCCCACCUCCGCCUGACUUCUUUUCCCCACUCGAGGAUAAGAAACCUACUACGAAGAAGUACACGAAGCGUCCAGGAACCACAACUUCCCCAAGACCCAGGCCUACUUACUUGCCACCCAGAAAACUAACCACGAAGCAGUUCAAGAGUACAACCACCGUGCCAACCACUAAAUCGAGAUCGUCGAUGACGACCAAUACCAAAGGGUACGGUAGGACGUCGUAUAAGAAUUUAACGGACGCUUCUACGCCCAGAAUGAAAACUAAGCUUUAUAUAGAGGUGACGACACCAAAGUCGGAUAAACCUACGACCCUUGAUAACGCGGAGCUUUAUAGCGUCAGUCCUGUGAUAGAGAAUCAAGUGACCAACCAAGAGAACGUUCAAGAAAAGAAACAAGCAUGGCCAGGAUUGGUGAGUAAAACAAAUCCUAUAGUGGCUUACUAUGCCACGACGACGCAAUCCACCUUGGAAAGACCAGUGGAGGUUACGCCAGCCACGGUAAAGAAUAUCGUUACUACAGACACUCCGGUACGAUCUAAUAGCCAAGCAUCCUACUACUUUUACGAAGAAUCGAACGACGAACCGAUCGGCACCACCGCCAAUCCGUCUUCGUUCUAUUACAAAACAACAACGGAAUCGCCGUUCUACGAGACGGUAACCAGGCCACGUUUGGAAGACAAGAAGAAACAAUACUAUAGCGUGGAGACGAUUCCGUCGCAAGAAACCUCGAAGGACUAUAGUAUUAAGUUUAUCGGUUCGCUGGUGAAAAACUCUGGUCCCGUUCGCUACACCGACUCGACAGUCACGCGAACAUCGUCCAACUAUGAAACGAGUGGCUCGGCCAGAACUCAGGGUCAACGUAUGUUACCUGAUCACGCGCCUCUCUAUUAUCAGACGAUAUCCGCUCGUCCAGCCGUGCCGGUGCAACCUUAUUACACCACUGCUAAGCCGCCGCAGACCUAUUACAGGCAAGAGACGAAACCAAAGCCGAUCUAUCAGUACAGCUUCGAGGCAGCUGAUUACUCGAAGCGCGGCGAUCAUCAAAGAAGCAGGUACCAGCAGCACCGCCAGCAAACCAAUACCUACGAAGGAUAUCCAAACGUUAAAGUGAGCAAAAUCGGCUACGACGAUCAUCGAAAUGAUUAUCAACAGGAUGAAUCGGUGGUCGAGAAACGGGUCAGACCAGAAAGCGUACCGUACAAAUCUCAACAACCGAUAUACACGCCGACCAGUCAUUCGCUGAUCAGUACUACGCCGAAUCCUCAUCACGUUUAUUAUACUCAACAAGACGACAAGUUCCUGGACGAAGUAACGAAAGAAUACUUCACGAUGUUCGGCAAGAAGAUAGCCCAUAAGAACUUACCGAGCACCACGCCCAUAUACCCGAAAUCGAACAGUGUUACGGAACGUCCGGAUUACAAUACGAACACUUACGUGGAGAACAAUUACAACACUGCCGAAGCACCGAUCUAUAAGACACCCAACGUGAAAGUACACUACGGUGAUCAAUCGCAGAGACCGUAUUCCCUCAAGGAUGAUAUUCUCGUCAAUUACAGGCAACCCCUUCCCCCUAUCGAACCGGACAGCGAAUUCAUCGCGGUGAUAGAUCCCAGUCAACAACCACCGAACUACAGACUGGCCGAUAGAGAGGAUCAACCUUUCGCGUCAAUCCGUGCCUAUCCCUCUCAACAACUGGUGAAUACCAGGAACGAUGCGUCCACGAAUUACGUGCCUAUCGUGGAGUCACCAGAGGAGAUCGACGAGCGAUAUCCGCAGCUACCGAUAUCCCUGGCGGACGACAUCAAAGUGAAUUAUCGCGAUCCGCGACCCACUAUCAAUCCGGACGCGGAAUUCAUCGAUCCGCUACCGGUGCGGGACAGCCAAGAGGAAAAGCAAGCAAAGGCCUACUUCGCGUACAGAUUGCCAGGCGAUGGUGGACACUUUUAUUUCCUAACGCCCCAGGCGAUCACGCAGAGGCCGGAACAGAACGGCAGUCACCUAUACUCGAAAUCGAGGGGAACGAGACUGCUGAGACGUCGACGGUGGCCGGCCAAUGUCUGAUAGCAUUGGCUGGAUUAGGUGCGAUGCCAUAAUAAUAAAUCGUCGGGGAAUGCACGAUCGAAAUUUCGUGUCGCAAGCACACGAAUCGCGACCUACCGUUUAUAGGAUGUAUUUAUUAUAAUAAUUACGUGUAAAUAAUAUACGCCACGACUUUAGAAUGUA